GCGGGAGGUAAAUGAGCUGAAUGAAAUAGACUAUUUUUGCUUUACAAAGCUCGUAAGACUUUUUCAGCCUUCAGGUACGAGAUCAUAUAGACGUUAUUUGAAUUCUGUUUUGUUUGCAAGUGAUCAUUAUGGCACACGAGGGAUACACCACAUUUAAAGUAAAUGUGAACGAAGGCGUUGCUUGGGUGACGUUUGAUUUCCCACCUGUCAAUGUGCAAGGGAUGCCCAUGUUGAAAGAUCUGGAUAGUCUAUCAUCGAAACUCGAAAAAGACGGGAGCGUCAAGGUUGUAGUCUUCCAAUCUGCACAUCCAGAUAUAUUUGUAUGUCAUGCAGAUAUUGAUAUGCUGUGCGAUCUUAAAGCUGAGGAAGUGAAGAAAGACAAAGAAUCAUUGCUUUACUUACAGAAAGUCUUACAUCGUGUUUCUACUUUACCACAAGCAACCAUAGCGAAAGUUGAAGGUAUGGCUCGAGGUGGAGGUCACGAGUUUAUGUUGGCAUGUGAUAUGAGGUUUGCCGCGCGUGGGAAAGCUGUCUUUAUGCAAAUGGAAGUAGGCAUGGGUAUUGUACCUUGUGGUGGUGGAACCCAAAGAUUGGCUCGUCAAGUGGGGUUGGGAAGAGCUUUGGAAAUAGUAUUGGGUGCGCAUGACUUUGAUGCUGACAUUGCAGAAAAGUAUGGAACAAUUAAUCGAGCUUUGAAUGCAGACGAGAUUGGUCCUUUUGUUGAAGAGUUAGCAAACCGAAUUGCAAAGUUUCCAGCUGCAUCAAUCACUGCAUGCAAGCGGUGUGUUUACGCAGCAGUCGACACAACUAUAGAGGAAGGUCUCGUUGAGGAGGUGUACCAAUUGGGACAAGCUUUAGCACGUACUCCUGCGACGAAACGAUUUGCGUAUGGCAAAGAGCAGGGAAUACAAAAUGACCUAGAAACCCAAAAAAAUUGGGACAAAGGGGUUAUGGAUAUUCAAGGUAUUCAAUAAUUGCGCGGUUUUUAAUAUCACAACUAUUUGAUAUAUAUCUGCUGGAUAAGUUGCAUACUACACGUAUAAGCAUGUACAAAUUAUCAUUCCAUGUUCACACACACUUUAGUAUACCUUCAAUAAAUAAAUAACUGAAUAAUACUCCGUGUUCUAACUUGUUUUAAACUUCUUGGCGCAAGUGCAUAGCUGCAGUUAGGUAGAUGGCGAUUUUCAAUUACUAAUGGUAACAAAUUGAUUUGAAAACCAUCUUGUUUCUUUCUACUCCACAGAGUUUACAUUGAUGAUCUUGUAUACAACUGAAUUAUCGAAAACAGUGAGGUUUUUUUAACUUGUGUAGAAAUAGGAAUUUCUGCAGUAGAAACCACUUCUUUAAAAGAGUCCUUGAUAUGACACAAGUUUGCCAAUUCUGAUUGAUUUGAUGUUAAUUUUUCUUAAACUAACAUCUUUAGUCUUUAGUCGGAAGUAUUUUCACAGAUUAUUAAUACUUUUUGAAUUGGAAGAGAAAUUUGCCACAGUCCACCUCGAUUUAAAUGAGAAAUCAAAUUAUUUCUUUCUUCCCCCUUACUUGCUUCCAUAACU